AUGAAAGCCAAUAGAUUCAUUAUUCAUAAUCCUAUAAUUGAAUCAUAUUAAUUGGAAGAAUAUCAUAAUCAUUUUAAAAGAAUGCAAAAAAUUGAUAAAGAAAAAAUUAAUAUUUACAAAAACAUUGAAUCUAAUAAAUCAACAUCAAAUUAUAGAUUUUUAAUGCUUUAACAUACUUCCAAAUUUAAUAAAUAAUAAUAAUAAAAUGCUAAGAAUCGUCUUUAAAAAGUAUUGUUAUCAAUAUUUUAAAUAAGAUAUUAGAUGAUAAAAUUGAAAGAAUAAAGGUCAGAGAAAAUCCAUAUAUUAAUUAAACUAGAUAAAGAGGUAUAUCUUAAGUUGAUCUAAAAAGUGCAAAUAUUAGUUUUAAUAGUUCUCUAGAGAAACUCAAUUUAAUGAAAAAACUUCAAAGUCUUAAACCAAAUAUUUCAAAAAAAAAUCUGGAAAUACACUAUGAAAAACAAAAGGAAUAUGGAAACAGAUUGAGAAAGUUAACAAAACUUCCAGAUUCAGAUAAAAAUUAUCAAUAUUGUUUUUGA